CGUAGCAUAAGGUAUUAGUAGAUGAGAGCUCGAGCAUACGAAUAACAAAUUCUCCUAGCAAAUUGGAUUGUAAUGAUUAUAUCUAUGUAUAAACAUUUGAAAUAGGUAUUCAUAUAAAUGUAAGCUCAAAAUUCUGUUCGUAUGGCUUCUCUUUUAUGGAAAUAAGUGAGUGGGCAUGCACGAUACCCAGUGACACUACAGGCUUCCAUGGAGACUCUGCCAUCCAGCCGGACGCAGUCUAGCCAGUCGAGGCCAGAGGACGGCACCAUGCUAAUGUCCCUUGUCAGCAGCAGCAGGACUGGAUAUGUCCAGGAGCUUUUCCACGAGGAUGCACAGGGGUCACAGAGCCACACCCAGCCUUGGUGGAAGGUGAAGCUGUUUGUCUGGGAGCCCGUGCUCUUUGGGACGUGGGAUGGAGUCUUCACCACCUGCAUGAUCAACAUUUUCGGCGUUGUCUUGUUUCUCCGCACUGGCUGGCUUGUGGGAAACACAGGAGUGUUGUUAGGCAUGCUCCUGGUGUCGCUGGUUGUGCUGGUGGCCCUGGUGACGGUGAUGUCGGGGAUUGGGGUGUGUGAGCGCUGCUGCGUGGGCGGUGGUGGGGUGUACUCUAUGAUUUCAACAGUUCUGGGCGGACGGGUAGGAGGAACUGUCGGGCUCCUCUACGUUUUUGGGCAGUGCGUUGCAGGAGCGAUGUACAUCACAGGCUUCGCCGAGUCCAUUGCCGAGGUGCUGAACCUGACCGGCGUGUGGGUGGUGAGGGCCAUCUCUGUGGCCGUGCUGCUAGGCCUGCUGGGAAUAAAUCUGGCAGGGGUCAAGUGGAUCGUACGGCUACAGCUGCUGCUGCUCGGCCUUCUGGCCAUUUCCACCCUGGACUUCGUCGUGGGUACCUUCUCCCACCUCGAUCCAGCACAUGGCUUUGUUGGGUAUUCAGAGGAGCUGCUGCAGCAGAAUUCUCUGCCGGACUACACACCCGGAGAGACUUUCUUCACAGUGUUCGGAGUUUUCUUUCCUGCUGCCACAGGUGUGAUGGCAGGCUUCAACAUGAGCUCAGACCUCCAGAGGCCAGAGCACAAUAUCCCUGUGGGAACACUGGCUGCUGUCUGUACAUCGUGGUUCCUGUAUCUAGUCUUUGUAUUUCUGCUGGGGGCCAUUUGCACAAGAGAGGCUCUGCGCUAUGACUUCUUAAUAGCAGAAAAGGUCUCCUUGGUGGGGUUCCUGUUCCUCCUUGGCCUCUACAUCUCCUCCCUGGCAUCUUGCAUGGGUGGUCUGUAUGGUGCUCCCAGAAUCCUCCAAUGUAUUGCCCAGGAGAAGGUCAUCCCGGCGCUGGGCUUCCUUGGACAUGGGAGGGGGCCCAACAAGACUCCGGUGGCAGCCAUUUGUCUGACCAGCCUCGUGACCAUGGCCUUCAUCUUCAUCGGCCAGGUCAACGUACUGGCCCCAAUCGUCACCAUCAACUUCAUGCUGACCUACAGCAUCAUCGACUACUCCUACUUCUGUGUGGCCAUGACCUACGACAUUCAGGUGAAGGAGAGAAAGGCUCUAACCAGGGAGACCUCUGCCCGUGGCACCAGUAGGUCCCUCCUGGCCACCAACCACUCUGGGUACGGAACCGGUGGGAUCGUCAAGAACCAGAGCAACGGGACGCUGCUGGAGUUCACCAGGGACAUGGACCAGAUAUUGCAGCUGCCCAACCCUGUAAAAGAAGAGAGUGGGAGUAGCACCACUCUCAGCCACCGGAGCAGAAAGAUGAGGCCCCCUCCCAAGCAGACACUGAUGGACAGCUUUGGAAUAGGUUUUGAUGGGCAUGCUGCCACACACAGAGAGAGUGUGGACCGCUCAGCUGCGCAGACGCCAUCGCCAGACAUUGGAGAAGGUCAUCAGUCUCAAGAAGGGGACGAACCUCAAAGAGGUUCUCAGGAAGCUGAGGCAAAGGGCCUGAAAAUGGGGACUGAAGGAGAGGAGAGAUCUUCACCAAGUCCAUUCUGUACAGAAGGAAACCAUCAAGUUUCACCGAGUCCAUCCUUCACCGAAGCGAAUCAUCCACCACUGUUUGACAGCGCAGCAGACUCGGUUCCCAAACCAAAACCUCAGGAAUCUGAAAUUCAGCCAAUGCCCAAGUCAUUUUACUCCAGGCUCUGCAAUCACUGGAUUGCAUUAAUUGGCGCAUUGUGUUCCAUCACGAUCAUGUUUGUCAUAGAGUGGAUCUAUGCUUGCAUCAAUAUUGCAGUUGCCAUCAUCCUCUUCCUCUACAUUGGACAAGCAAACCCUGGUCUGCCAAUAGGAGCAGCCGCACGCUUUAGCUUUUUCAGAUGGGUGCGUUCGUGUCUGAAGAAACUGGGCAGGAGAGAAGUGGCUGUCCAGGACCAGAUUGUGGUAACGCCCUCCUUUUUGGCCAUUGGCAUGGCAACCCAGCAGCUGACAGAGGAGAAUGCUGACUUUGCGUCACGUGACCGGUACCACCACUCCUCUGUCAUUAGUGCAGAUGCACUUGCCAAUAGACUCAAACAAUAAAUUUUGAAUAGAUUAAUUUUUUUCAAAUGGUUGAUCCAGUGACCAUGUAAAAUUUAUUGGAACUUUGAAUAAUAUCAAUCAUAAACUUCAGAAUGUUAAUACAGUGGAUUGUUUGUACGGUGGCAGUUACUAUGAUGCAAUUGAAUUAUGAGGUAAUAUGAUUAAAAAGCAACAUCCUAAUGUAAUGGUAGAGUUGUGAUAAGUGUAACAAAAUAUUCCAUAAAAU